AUGAAUACAACAUACUUUUCAUGGAAAGCAGGACAGACAGUCAUACUUAGGAGUUAUGUCACACAUACGGACGAUGCUAUAGAUUCUGUAUUCUGGAUUUUUGAAAACGAACAUGGUUUCAAGACUAUUUAUCCAUCAACUAAUCCAGAUAAAUACAGAGGAAGUACGCAGUCAUAUCCUUCACUAAUAAUAUCAAACCUAACCUAUAGGGACGAAGGAAAGUAUAAGUGUGCAGCAACAAAUGAAUUCGGAACAGGAAUAAGUAAAACAGUAUUAUUUUUGAAUGUAACAGGAACGCCACCAAAUGUCACAAUAUCUAGACGCUACUACAACGAGGAAACUGGGCAGAACAUAUCUCUUAGCGUUUCGAUUUAUUCUCCUCAGAGUGCCUUACUAUCAGUUGAAUGGCUAUUCUAUUUUACGGGAGGCAGCCGUACGAUAAAUGUCAGUUCAAGUGAUAGGUAUAUGGGAAGUUCUGUGCUAAAUCCCUCAUUGCAUAUAGUUAAUCUGACAAGUGGCGACAUUGGCAACUAUACAUGUAAAGCUAUUAAUUGGUAUGGUGUCGGAGAAAGUGAGCCAAUUAUUCUGGAGAUUAAAGAGUAUCUUCCGAUAGUGAAUAUUGAACAGCAAAACUACCUGGGAAAUCUUGGAGGAAGUAUAGUUAUCAAAUGUUCCAUUGCAUUGCCUGACAAUGGACUAUUUUCUGUGUUAUGGAUAUUUCACGAUGCAAGAAAUGGCACACAUGUUCAAGUACAAGCGAGUACAAAGUAUGAAAUACAGCUUAAUUCUAAGCCAUCACUCCUGAUAAAUAACCUAAGUUUUUCUGACGAAGGACUUUACAAAUGCCUUGCUUCAAACUCAUUUGGAACUGGAUAUAGCAACUGGACGUCACUUUUAAUUCAAGAUAUUCCCGUUGUUGUUAUUGGUGCUGAAUCGUACAGUGCGAAGUUUGGGCAUUCAGUUACCUUGGAAUGUGAAGUAUCGUCACAAACGACACUAAACAGAAUCUAUUGGGAGCGAAAUUCAAGUGGAAAUGUAGGAAUCAUUUCGUCGGACCUUGCUGGAGUUAGUGGUGCAUCGAUUGAAAAUCCAGGGCUAACGAUAAAAGUUGCAACAUCUUAUGACUCUGCAUGGUACACCUGUGUAGCUGAGAACAACUAUGGAAUUGGAAAAAGCAAGCAGUCCCGGCUAAAUGUCGUAGGAGGAAAACCUGAAGUCACAGGCCAUGCGACAGUUGUUAUCACAACAUAUGGGAUGAGUGUCACGCUUCAGGUUUCUAUAGCCUCUUCACCUGGACAUUUCAACAUCUAUUGGACAAAAGUAAUGGAGAGUGAAACUACUAUCAUACAUGAUAGUACCAUUGGGACUUCUGGUUUGCCGCUAGUAGAAGUUGUAGAAUCAGAAACAACUGUACAGUUCGGGGAUACCAUUACCUUUAAUUGUACGAUUAGAUCGCAUCCGAAUUGUACUAAAGUGUUUUGGGAAAAAAGAAAUGGGGAUAAUAUAACAACAUUGUCUACUGGAACCAACGGAGUAAGAGGAAGUACAGUUGAUAUGCCAUCGUUAACAAUUACCUUUGUGACUUCAACUGAUUCUGGUGAUUACUCGUGUAAUGCUGAAAAUAUCAUUGGCGUAGGCACAAGUCGGGUUUCUAAAUUAAAAGUUAUUGCUGGACCACCUAUUGUAAACAUUGGUUCUAUGUUUUACACAACAAUAUUCGGCACUCCAGUUACACUUGAGUGUGUUGUCAAUGCUGAACCACCAGUAAAACAUGUAAUUUGGCAGAAAAACGUCAAUGGAUAUCUCACAACAAUAACCCAUGGUGCCGUUGGUACUCAAGGAAUAUCAGCAACAUCUCCUUCUUUGACAAUCAUGUUUCCGGGCAAAUCUCACCAAGGGGAAUAUUCGUGUUUCGGUGUAAAUGAUUUGGGACAGCGUGGAAGUUUACCAACUAUACUAAAGGUCUUAGGAGAUUUACCAGUAUUGUCAAUAGGAAAUUCAGUUCAUUCAACAAAGUUUGGAGAUAGGUAUUCUAUAAAUUGCAAGGUUCAUUCAUACCCACUUCACAAUCACACAUACUGGCAGCAUACACAUGACGGAAACAAUAGAAUUAUAACGAAAGACACACCUGGUGUGAGUGGAGUGUCUCUUGAUGAUUCAACGCUUACCCUUAAUGUUGUUACUACAUCUGAUACUGGAUGGUAUACAUGUUUUGCGGAAAAUAUUGUUGGAACAGGAUCUAGUAAACGAGUCAUUCUGACUGUAGACGGAGAUGUGCCCGCAGUUGAUGUACCGUUAAAGCGAUAUACCUCUAAACAUAACCAAAAUGUGGCGUUAGUCUGCACAGUUAAUUCGAUACCACAACAUACGAUAGUGUAUUGGGAAAAAGAAACAAAGAACGGAAAAGUUAUACUCAAUCAUGGUACAACAGGAACAGUAGGAAUUACAGUAACAAACCCGUCUUUGACUCUGCAACCUGCUGCCACUACGGAUUCUGGACUGUAUACAUGUCAUGCAUCUAAUGUCAUCGGAACUGGAUCUAGUCGGGCUGUUUUAUUAAUCGUAACAUCGGAAGAUGAGGUUGAUGAUAGUGACAACAACCAACAAGGAUCAGAUAAUCCAGUGUGGGUGACGAUAGUUGCUAGUGUUUUAGGUUCUGCUACUGGUGCCUUUUUAACAUUUGCGUUUACGUUCUAUUUAUACCAUCGUUUCCGUGUUGGUGCGUAUUCGUAUCUUAACGGUAAUUUAGAAUAUGUGCAUGUAAUAUAA